AGCGGCUCGCCGCUUGUUCGGCGGGCGGGGGAACCGUGUCCUGGGGAAGCGGGACAGGGGCCCCCGCGGGGCGGGGACGUUCCGCUGCCUCGGAGCUGCGCCCAACGCCGCCUCCCAUUUCUCCACCCGCUCCAGUCCGACGACCUGAAGGAGAAGAAGGAGCCGCACAUCUCCGCGCUCAGGAAAGUUCUGCUUGACGAGUUCCGACCGUGGCUUUCUGCUGUCACUCAGAUUGAGCUGGAACCAACUAUCGACCUGUCCUGUGCCAAGUAUGAAUAUACAGAUGUCCUGCUGUGUCAUGAUGAUGAGCUGGAGGGGCGGAGAAUCGCCUUCAUUCUGUACCUUGUUCCACCAUGGGAAAAGUGUGAUGGAGGCACUCUGGACCUGUACAGUACAGAUGAGCACGUUCAACCCCUGCAGGUUGUCAAGUCAUUAGUCCCCUCAUGGAACUCCCUGGUCUUCUUUGAAGUGUCUCCAGUCUCUUUUCACCAGGUAUCGGAAGUCCUGUCCAAAGAGAAGUGCCGCUUGUCUGUGAGUGGCUGGUUUCAUGGUCCAUCAGUGGCAAGGCCUCCUGGCUACACUGAAGCCCCCUUGCCACGAAGUCCACACAUCCCCUAUGAUCAUGAAAUCUUGUACAACUGGGUCAAUCCUGUUUAUUUGGACAUGGUUUCCCAAGCUCAGAUCCAGGAGGAAUUUGAGGAUCGAUCAGAGACUUUCCUAAAGGAUUUCUUUAAAAAAGAGAAAUUUCAGUUGGUGUGUGAGGCUCUAGAGAAAGAAGACAUCAAAUGGACCAGACGGGGACCCCCCAAUAAAAGAUGCUAUGAGAUGGCUGAGGAGGGGAGCCUUCCGGACAUCCUGAAGAAUUGCUUGGAGUUCUUCCGCUCAGAGGCCUUGUUCCUGUUGCUCUCUAAUUUCACGGGUCUAAAGCUGCACUUCCUGGCUUCCUCAGAUGAGGAGGGAGAAGAGGAGAGGGCUGCAGACUGUGCUGGUCAGGACUCCUCCAGGGCUAAGGAAAGAGAGACCAGUGGCAAUGCUGAUCAAAGAGGCCAGCCGGAAAACUUCCUCAAAACUGCCGAGGGUGAACCACGGAAUAGCACAAGUGUCCCUAUGUGUGUGGGGGAGCUGAGGCAGUGGAUGAAUGGUUGCUACACUCUAGUCCAUGACACUCAAGCAACAGAGUUUGCCCUGGACCUGAUGUUUUUCUGUGGCUGCGAAGAUUGGGAUGCAGAAUAUGGUGGCUUUACCUCCUAUAUUGCUAAGGGUGAAGAUGAAGAGCUGCUGACGGUGAAUCCAGAGAACAACUGCUUGGCCUUAGUUUACAGGGACAAAGAGACUUUGAAAUUUGUGAAGUAUAUUAAUCACCGUAGCUUGGAGCAUCUGAAAAAGCAUCCAAACAAUCCUGGAUUCUGGGAUUUCUCUUUCGUCUACUAUGAGUGACAGUUCUGUGCAUGACCAGCCUCUGAAAAUGAAUGGCUUGAUGGUGUCGAACUGGAUUUGAGUAGUUGCCUGGAUUGGCUUCUUAAUGGAUGCAUCUGUAAUGCAGGGAUGAGCCAGAAGAGGAAGAGCAAACUAGACCCUACUGCACAAGCUGUCAUCCUGCUGGUGUCCAAGUGACCUUAUGCAUAGGUGGUAAUGAGUGGAAAGCUAGUGUCCUGCUGUCCAGUAUUCUCCCUUACUCAUUCAACCAUGCUAGCCUGGCUACAAAUCAGGGAGUCUAUU